AUGAUUGAGCCUUAUCCAAACCUACCUCUCGAAGAAAUUGAUAAUGUUGCGAAAAAUACAUGGAAGGCGGUCGGCGCUAUGAUUCUAUCAUCAAUGAUUGCAUUUGCUCCAGUUACCAUGGAACCACCAGCACCCAUGGGUUUCAAUGAUGCCACCCACCAACAUCAUUGGACAAUGCCAAGAAUACGAAAAUCUAUUGCAUCAGCGCUCACAGAAGAACAACUUUUGGUAGACAAUGUUUGGCGAGAAGUCAGUCGUCAAUAUGUGGACCAAACCUUCAACAACAAGGGUGAAGAAGGAUGGAGGAAGGAACGCCUCAAGGCUGUGACUAAAGUUACUGGCGUAGGACCCGAUGAAAAGGAAUUUGUCUAUUCUACUAUUCGGGACAUGCUUUCCGUCUUGGGAGAUCCCUACACUCGAUUUUUGACGCCCGAACAAUACGAAUCGCUCACAGCCUACGCCAGGGGUGGCGCAGUGCCCAAGGCAGGGUGUGGAGUUCAACUCAUCGGCGACCGGGCAACCGGAAAGAUUGUGGUUCUUAACGUCAUUCCUGAUGGACCUGCCGACAAAAAUGGAAUACUCCCUGGUGAUACAAUAUUGAAGGUGGAUGGGGAGGACAUUGCCGGUGCCACGGCCGAGUUUGUUGCCGCCAAAUGCCGGGGUGAUCCAGAUACAGGGCUUACGUUGACGAUUCAGCAUGGUAGCGAAGACGGCAAACCAGCCAACGCGGUUGAAAACAUUUCUCUUGUGAGAUCGCAAAUCAAAACCCAGUCCGUCAAAACAUCCACCUUUACUUCCUCAAAUGGCAAGAAUGUUGGCCUUAUCAAGGUGAAUAGUUUCAGCUUGGAAACCGAAAGGCUAGUUCGGGAAGCCCUCGAUGAAAUCCGAAAGGCGUCUGUUAGUGCCUUGGUCAUUGAUCUUCGAGGCAAUGCAGGAGGCUACAUGCCUGCAGGCGUCGACGUUGCCAAGUUGUUUCUUCCAGUUCAAUCACGGAUUAUUUCUGAAGUUGACAAGUCGGGCCGUUCCACCAUUUACAUCAAUGAUGGAGUAGGUAGCGACACAAGUCAGCCACUCUACUUGUUGGUGGACCAACGAACGGCAAGUGCUUCUGAGAUUUUGACAGCGGCCUUGAAAGACAACCACCGGGCCACAGUGGUUGGUACCAAGACAUUUGGAAAAGGACGGAUACAAAACUUGCAAGAGCUCCAAGAUGGAGCUGGCAUCUCCGUCACCAAGGCCAAGUACAUUACUCCAUCGGGAAAUGAUAUUCACGGUAUUGGUAUCUCGCCUGACGUGGAACUGAAAAGUUGUGGAACCAACGACUCAGCCUUGGACUGCAUGAAGGACAUUGCCUUUUGA